AAGAAAGAAGAAAGGGUCAAGAGAGCAUAUAUUCCCUUCUCCAAGAGAACCCCACUCAGGUUUCCAGAUAUGGUGUUAGAAUAAGAUUUAUAAAGACCAAGAAGAAGGAAAAAAAGAGAAGACUACAACAACUACUUGUAAAGUAUAAUCUCCAUAUCUGAGCCAACAAACCCAAUCUUCUUGAACCAUUCUUGAUUGUUAUUACAGAAGAUGGAUAAUGAUAAGAAUCACAAGACAGAGGAACCUAAACCGAGAUUGAGAUGGAGUUAUGAGCUUCAUCACAGAUUCAUCAACGCCGUUAAUCAACUUGGGGGACCAAACAAGGCGACGCCUAAGGGUUUGAUGAGGGUUCUCGAGAUUCCUGAGCUUACUUUGUACCAUCUCAAGAGUUAUUUACAGAAAUAUCGGCUCGGGAUAAGCGAGAGAUUCAUUGGCAACAAGCAAGAUGCUGGAAGAUCCCAAGAAUGUCAGAGUCGAGAAGAUUUUGGAGAUCAACUAGACAUUAUUGUCACCGAAGAAAAACAUGACGAACCUAACAACAGAAACUUGCAAAACAAGGAAGCGAUGGAAAUACAAAUGGAAGUCCAGAAGAAGCUUCACGAACAAAUCGAAACGCAGCAGCAGUUACAAGUGAGAAUAGAGGCACAAGGGAAAUAUUUACAGUCAGUGUUACUGAAAGCUCAAGAAACUCUCUCCGGUUACAAUUCUUUUAAUCUCUAUGCAGUAGCAUCGAUGGCGAAUAGAAACUGUCUCAGUUCUUCUUUCUCAGCACCGACGCAAGCAGAUGAAGAUAACGAAGUUGAGGAAGAAUACGAUUUCUUGUGUACCAAGAAACCAGAAAACAGAGGAAAUGCGUCGACGAGAAGUUCAGUUGACUGCUCGUUGGCAUCAUCAGAAAGCUCAGAAGCAAAACAGGAUCAUCAUUCUCAGAACAAUAUGAGGAGAUCAGACAAGCUUCAGUUUAUGGAGAUCAAACCAGAGGAAGUGAUGGAUCGGAAUAAGAGAAGGUGGGACGAUGUCCUUUGCGUGGAACAAUCUAACCGGAAGAGAUCCUUUAAAGGCCAUGACGGUGAGGACUUGGGUCUAGGUUUAAAUAGUUUCAAGGUCAUGGAAACAAGUUACAAGUCCAAGUCCAAGUCUAAGUCCAACAAAUAGGACUAGUCUAUUAGGUUACAAGAAACCCGAGUCUCUUAAUAAGAUACGUAUGUUAAAAUAUACCUCGUGUCUUCUAUGCAUUAUCCCGUCCGCAUAUAUUAUAUAGAUUCUUGUGUGUGAGAAUGCAGUCCAAAACUAAAAAAGGUUCUUGAAAAUCCCUAACUUAAAUACAUGAAAUUCAAGAAACAAGAACCCUAAAGUCUUCAUGGAAGAAA